GCGCGGCGCAGCGCCGGCAGUGUACGGCCGGCCGCAACAUCGCGCGGACGGGUGCACGAUGCGUGCACGGUGAAACAAACAAUCGCGAUGCUGUUUGAGAGUCCCAACGCGAAACUGUUCCCGGCGUUCAACAUCCCGCCGCCCGUGAGGCUCAGCGGGGCGCUGGGAGGUGUGGAGGUGCUGGACGGCGGGCUGGUGGGCGGCGAGCUGACGGCUCACGUGCUGAGCGCGCAGGCGGCCGCGCACGCCGCCGCCACGGCCGCCGCGGCCGCGCAUCAGCAGCACCAACAACAGCAGAUAGCUGUGCAGCAAAUCAAUCCCUAUUUUCCAACAGAGACUUCCCCCUCAUCCGGGCGUUCGACCCCGGUAACUACCACUGCUAACGGUACAGCGCCCACAGCGACGGGCACCACUUCACCAUCACCCAGCAAGCUGUUUGUUGGUGGGCUGAGCUGGCAGACCAGCUCGGAGAAGCUUAGAGAAUACUUUGCCAUGUUUGGGCCGGUUACAGACGUACUGAUCAUGAAGGAUCCUGUUACUCAGAGAUCGCGCGGCUUCGGCUUCAUCACGUUCCAGGAGGCGUCGUCCGUGGACAAGGUGCUGGCGGUGCCCGUUCACACGCUGGACGGCAAGCGCAUCGACCCCAAGCACGCCACGCCCAAGUCCGCCCCGAGGCCCGCCAAGACCAAGAAGAUCUUCGUCGGCGGCGUCGGCCAGGACACCUCGGCCGAGGAGGUCAGAUCCUACUUCUCACAGUUCGGCCUCGUCGAGGACGCCGUCAUGCUCAUGGACCAGCAGACCAAGCGCCACCGCGGCUUCGGCUUCGUCACCUUCCACUCGGAGGAGGCGGUCGAGCGCGUGUGCGACAUCCACUUCCACACCAUCAAGAAUAAGAAGGUGGAGUGCAAGCGCGCGCAGCCCAAGGAGGCCGUGGCGGCCGCGCCGCUCGCGCUCGGCAAGCGCCUCGUGCUGCGGCCGGGGCGCGGGCUGGUGUACGCGGGCGGCGUGGGCGGCGUGGGCGGCGUGGGCGCGGCGCACGCGUACCGGUACGCGCCGUACGCGCUGCCCGCCACGGGCGCCGCGGUGCUGGCGCCGCCGCAGCCCGCGCCCGCGCCCGCGCUGCCGCAGUUCGGCGCCGCGUACUCGCUGGCCGGCGUGGACAUGUCGUCGUUCCAGGGCGUCGACUGGGGCGCCAUGUACGGCCUGCCCAUGUACAUCUAGACGGUAACGAGCAAUAUUCACGUGAAAACCCCACCCGCCUACGAAGGUUAGGUUCUUAGCUCGGCUAUUUUAUUUCUUACGAUAGAGUUCCUACGUACUAUUUUUUUUAAUUAAGGUGUUUGUCUUGCCGCGUACUCGCAGUGGCCACAAGAGGGAAUGAUCAGUAUUCGAACGUAGUUAAGUGUUUAUUGGCUCAUUAAACUUAGUGUAAGGCAGUUACAAGCAAUACUUUGCCCGCUACGGGCGUCAAAGAGAACGCAUUUCAUUUUUUUUUUUAUUAAAAAGUUAAUUUAUUAAGGCGAUUCCCAACGGGUACGCUCGAAAAUAGAAAAUGGUCGGUCCCAUGUUUAUUGAGUAUUGUUGGCGAGCCACUUGAUGUUUUAUAUUUAGUUUAUCUAAUGUGAGGGUAUUUUCAGUUUGCAAGUGGCAAGUCACACAAUACGAAUAAAGAUGACAACUUUUUUCAAAGGUUCGCGUCGUUGCGUGUCCCCUUAACUUUUAAAUAUUAAGGCGAAGAUCUCAAAUAAUUUAGUUGCGAUUAAAAAAAAAAACUAAUUUUUUUCUUAUAUUUUGUCUUUGAUAUUUUGUAAUUUAGUGGUAGAAAUAGUGCACGUUUGUUUGGCAAUACAUUAACCUGAUAUUAUUUAUGAUGACUCGACUGUAUUUUUAUGAAUCUCAUUCGCAGCUGUAUUUUAUUUAAUGAUAAACAAUAUAUAGGAGUUAAUAUAUAUACACUCGCGGUAACAAUGACGCUGUGUGACUGCGCUUUUAAUACUAGAAAAUUACUAUUGAUAAAUUAAAUUUUCGUAGAAAUUUAAAAAAAACUUAAGAAAAUUCUAUCUAUUGGAACCAUGUUUUAACAAAAUAAACAAUUAUUUUUUAUCUCUUAACCGCUCAUUUCGCUAGAUAACUCGCGUAUAUAGAAAAAUUCUAAAGAAUAAUUAGGCUAAUGAAUCUCAAAAGUAUUAAAACUAAAUUAAAAGAAAUGGUAAGACAUGUCAGUAUUAACUAAACGGUGCCAUUUCAUUACGAACCUACGUUUGUGCCAAAUUUUGCUCAGUUUUAUCAUUUACUUGAUUAGAUUUCAAAAAUUGACUUUCGUAGAUAAUUUGUUUUUGAGUAAUUUCGUAAAAGGCCUUCCUGAUACACAAUUACGUCAUAUAAAAAGUUGUAGCUGAACGUUGAUCGAUGAGCCAGUUUUACCCUAAUUCGGGAAGUUGUGUGGGCUGGUCCCAAGCGCUCCGUCACACGGCGUCGGCCGCUCUGCUCACGACAUUUACAUAUCUGACGAGCGGAAAGCAAUCUCAUUCUACAAUAGUAUUAUAUAUUGACAUACGUAGUUAUAGUACUUGUGGUGAUGGUGUCUUUUGAGUUUUCUGUAUCUUGUAGCUUGAUAGCUUUGCUGUCUAAAUCUGUCUCUGCAGUGCGUAAACUCUGCUUGUCAAAAUCUCUACUUUUGACAGUUCUGUCUCUCUGUCAAUGUCAAAAUGACGUUUGAUUAAAAGGGGCGUUCAGUUAAAAUAGGUUUCAUAAACGAUGGUAUAAAACAACCUAAAACUUAAGUCUGAUAUCUCUGAUCACGGAAAAUGGUUCUGAUCAUCUUUAAAAUCUGAUAUUCCAGACUCUAAAAGGCACCAAAAUCAGUCAAAGUAAAAUUAGUUAACAUUAACAAUAAUUUAGUUUAGCGUGUAUGAGCGUGUGGACUAACACCCUGUGUACCGUGACAAUAAGCUAAGUAUAUAAGCCGCAGUAGAUUGUCAUGGCCGCGCGGUUUCGCCUCCCUUUCUCCUCUAUAUUUACAUUUUAGAAUACGUCCUUUUAAUUUUGAAGUUUGAGGUGGGCCCACGGUGGGCGCCAACAUUUUGGAGGACACUGUCUUAUUCUUAAUUUUUUAUUUUUAUAUAAUGACUUAUAUGGUAAUGCCGAAAUAACUGAUUUUAUAUGGCUCUAAGAUAAUUAUUAAUAACUUCAGCCUAAAACCACUGUUGAACUAAUUUUGACUGUGGACUCUUAAAUAUGCAUUGAUUAGCAUGAUUGAAAUUGUACUUAAAAAAGUAAACAUUUGUACUUAACUGUAAUUUUAAUAAAUUAAACCUAAGACAGUAUUCUCCAAAUGAAAACCUCGUGAAUCCUUUACGUCCUUUAUUAGAAGUACUUAAUUUAUCUAUGGUAGCAUUAGAUUCAAAAGCAAUACAAUGUGAUUAGUGAGUGUAAAAAGACAAAGAUGGUUGUGUUCGUGCAAUUCCUAGAUUUAAGCGGCAAACUGGACUUAGUCCUAAGACCAGCAGUAUUAAAAAAAAAAAAAUCAAAUUUUGACUUGAAAUUUUGACAGUCAUGCGUUAUCUGUGAGAAGUUCCAUUGAAAAUUCAAAAUUUUACAUCCAAAUACUCGUAGUCGUAGUUUCGAUUAUUUAAAAACUAUCGAAAAUAAUUUUGGUUACCUAACCUACUAUUUAAAAACCUAUUUAUUGGAAACAAAGUUAAUGUGAUCUUGUACUUAACUGCAUUAUUCAUCUUGAAAGACAGCUUCCAAAAAAAUACAAGUUCAACAAAUUGGACAGUUAUUAUUCAGUAUAAAAGUCCCUCAUUUAUAGGAAAAACUAUAUCGCCAAAUGGAAAUAUUCCGCGUAACGUCUAUUACUAAAGUACUUAAUCCCUAUAUUUAUAUUAGCGUAUACUUUAGGCGUAGGCGAGGCCGCGCGGCAAGCGUAGUGCAGUAUGCAUGGUAGCUUGGUCGGCUACAUUCCCUGCCAGCCGACGCACUUGUACCCGAAGCGUGUGGAAAGUUCCAGAAAAAUAAAA